GUUAACGCACUAUUUAGAACAUUGAGUACAGAAGAGUCGUUCAACGGAGUUCGUCCAGCGUUUUUCAUCUUGUUACACAUCUUUAAAUGUACAAAAACUAUUCAGGUUGUAUUAGAUGCCGCAUAAAAGAUACUGACAUGAGAGUGCAGACAAUUAUAUUCAUGCUACCAAUAUUUACAGCAAUGUAGUUCAGACUGAAAUAAGAUAGUGUUGAGCUUUAGAUGAUCGACGCUUUUAAUUUGAGUUUGUUACAGUGUAACCACUGUGCUACCAAGGACAAUAGAACUUUGCAAUCCUUAAAGUCAAACUGGCGAGUUAUUGACAAGACAUUUAGUCAGCAUAGGUUGCUUUCUCCAAAAAUUCACGGAAUCGAGGCGCCUGCAGACAUGGGAUCAAUCAAGACUGGUGGUGUAAUAACUUACAUCUCUUCUGGCUCCGCCUCCAGCCCGGAGUCUUGUUUGAGUGACAGUUGCAGCAGCAGCUACCUGUGCUCCUCUCCACCUCAUCCCUCACUGCCAAGCCGGGCAGUGGGAAUCAUGGUGGACAUCGCCCGCACUACAACAGCCAAGCACCCACGUAGCCACGGCACAGAGAAGACUGGGCGAUCUACCUCCACCAAGAGCAGCAUCACCAAGAUCAACGGCAUGGUGUUGUUGUGUAAGGUGUGCGGUGACGUGGCCUCAGGGUUCCACUAUGGCGUCCACGCCUGCGAGGGCUGUAAGGGUUUCUUCAGGAGGAGCAUCCAGCAUAGCAUCCGGUAUAAGAAGUGCCUGAAGAUGGAGAACUGCACCGUCAUAAGGAUCAACAGGAACCGCUGUCAGCAGUGCCGCUUCAAGAAGUGUCUGGCUGUGGGCAUGUCUAGAGACGCUGUUAGGUUUGGCCGCAUCCCAAAGAGAGAGAAGCAGCGCAUGCUGCUGGAGAUGCAGAACGCCAUGAACAACAUGAUGAUGAACAACAACAGCCAGCUCCGCAGUAUGCUCCACGGCACCCAGAGUCCACCCUGCCCCAUGGAAGGGCUCCCCAAUGACGGCAGCUCCUCUUCCUCUGCCUCUUCUUCCUCAUCUAUCUCGUCUUCAUCAGGCUCCAACCCUUCCUCACCCCGUUCCGUUCAAGACUCCCUGGAGACCAGCUCUAGCUCCGCCUCUUCCUGUUCGUCGGAUAGCGGUGAUGACGAGGUUCCUCCUUCCAGGGUGUGUCACCAGGGCACAUUCACGUACCACCGUGAGCAGCAACAGUCCAUCAAAGAGGAAGCGGAGGAGUCACCUUCGCAGGUCGCCGGGGACACUGUAAAAGACAGGAGAGACAGCCGCAUGGAGGAACUGCAGGAGAGCUGGAACCGCUGCAACGACAAUGCCAGGGGUUACCAGCCUAGUUGCAACAGUCAUCAACACGUCACCAACGUUCCCUACCGGGAAGAGAGAGUUGUUUACCAGCAGCAGCCUGCGCAGCUAAACGGCGCCCCCAGUGGUGGCAUGCCAGAAGACUCCUGCAGCCUCCAUCACAGGAGCGACAACACAAUGCACAACGUACAGACUGUCUCCAAUGGUUACAGUGGACCAUCAUACAGCCUACAGGACCACAAGACAAACUUGGUCAUUCCUAGUCUCUAUGUGGACCCCAGCCAGCGCAGCCAGGAGAUCUGGGAGGAGUUCUCCCUGAGUUUCAUCCCGGCCGUGCGCGAGGUUGUGGGGUUUGCCAAGAGGAUCCCGGGCUUCCGAGACCUCCCCGAGUACGACCAAGUCAGCCUGCUCAAAAACGGAACGUUUGAGGUGCUUAUGGUGCGCUUUGCUUCAUUGUUCGAUGUGUCCGAGCGCACCGUGACCUUCCUGACGGGGAAGUGUUACAGCUUGGAGCUGCUGCGGGCCGGGGAGCUGCUCACCUCCAUGUGUGACUUCAGCGAGAAGCUGGCCGCUCUGCAGCUGGACAAGGAUGAGAUGAACCUCUUCAUUGCCGUCGUCCUCGUUUCCGCCGAUCGUUCAGGGAUCCAGGACUUGAAGUCAGUGGAGGCGCUGCAGGACACGCUGAUCCGAGCGCUGCAGAGUCUGAUCAUGAAGAACCACGCCAAUGAGACUACCACCUUCACCAAGCUGCUGCUGAAGCUGCCCGAGCUGCGCUCCCUCAACAACAUACACUCUGAAGAACUGCUGGCCUUCAAAGUGCACUUGUAAUGGGAAACUCACUCCUAAUACCCUCCUUCCACACUUUGAAACCAGGACUGGCCUCGUCUGCCACUCCUAUACCAGGACCCAGGGGAGAACUUAGGGACCUACCGUUUGCAGUCAACCAACUCAGUGUUUUUCUCCAGAAUGUAUUGAGAAGUUCUUCUUUUGAACUAUGUUGAUAGGGACAAAGGUCAAAGAAGAGAAGAUACUGUACUCUAGUCAUAGGAAAGGGCUUGAGAACUGAGCUAUUGCUCGUGUGUGUGUGUGUGCGGAGCUUGUGGUUUUACCAAGUUAGAGGCACCUUUCUAUUUUUAAAGAAAAAGAUGAAGAAAUGCUAUACCAGCUUUUUGAAAUGAUGAAGUGCAGAACUACUUGGUUUGUUUGUUAAAUCCAUUUCAUUCCAAAGUGUAUUUCUUAAGAGCAGUGUGAAUGUGAUGAUUAUGCUACCUAUUGGAUGUUUCAUUCGAAGCGCAAUAUCAAAUGGUCACUGUUUUCGACCCAAUAUGUUUGAUAAAAGCCCUCAAGACUCAAUGUAAACAUCUAUCUAUCAAAAAGAAUGCUUGAUGAAUCUGAUAAUUGCCGCAAUUGCAUUGGCUAUCCUUAAGUGAACAACUUGACAUUUUGCUCCCAACCCUCCGAGGAAGGACUCAUUUAUUUAUUUUUGAAUUGUUCAACUGUAUUUUUAUGUUUACUGUCCUUUGUGUAGGGUAUUUCAUUUGUCUGAAUAUUUCAUAUUUGCAUGUCUUUGUUAGCUGCUACUGCCACGCCUCCUUCUGGGGAGUUGUUGAUAGUACACUUUUUCAGCAACACAACUUUGCACAUUGUGUUGUGGACUGUCAACCUCCAAAAUCACACAUGUCAGCACAGACCCACAUCAUGUGUGCAUGAUGUGAACACGAUGACACUGAAGUGUUCCUUCACUGAUUCCCCACCUUCCUCACAGUGAGGAGUUACUGGGUGGUUUGGACUUUAUCUCCUGGCAUUUCAGCACAGCACUGACUUUACAACUGAUAGUUUCCCAUCUAUUGUUUUAGUUGUUGUUGAAUAGUCUGUAUUUGUCUCCAUUUACUGACAAGGUUGCCGUUUGUAAUUAAUAGUUAUGCUAUGUCUAUCAUAUAAAUAUAUAUAAAUAGUAUAAAUAAAUACAAGUGAAGUUAUUUACGGUG